AUGGGUGCUCAUAUUCCGGAAAGAUUUGCGCCAGGUGUUUUUGAUAUUGUUGGAUACGGUCAUCAAGUAGGUUUUAUAUAUUUUUGAGACAAACUUUACUUUUAAUCAAACAUUUUCAGCUGUUCCACCUUUGUAUUGAUAUGGUUUCUUGGAACCUUCUUGAUGCAGCUAAUAUAGAUUGUUCUGCUUCUGAAGGCCAUCCUGGAAAUUGGCGCAAUAUUCUAAUCGUCUUCGCUUUUUUAUUUUCAAUUGGCGCAAUUAUAUUGAAUGUGCGUUUGAUGAUGGCAAAAGCCCGCACAAAAACAUACGACCAUGAAAGCGAUUAUGUUGAGAAAAAAUGUCAUUAG